AGGAACUGACGAACACCCCCAGACAUCUAGUCUCAUUAGAAACGUUCAAGAACACUGGAUUUACUCGCAUAAAUUAAUCUAUCUGUGAAGAUUUAAAACAGAUUUAAAGGAAAUACGAUCUAUGUUUUAGUUUCACUUUCGAUUUCGACUUUUCGAUUCAUUGCGUCUAUCGGAACGUCAGAAUGGUGAACUGCGGUCUUGUGACUGAGAAAAACGAGCCAGUGCCUCUGAAGAGCAUCUCAGUGGAGGUUCGGGUUCAGGAUCAUGUAGCCACAGUCUCCUCCACUCUGCAGUAUGUGAAUGAGGAAGAGCGCCCCCUGGAGGCCUUGUUCGUCUUCCCUCUGCCUGCUGAUGCUGCUGUCUGCCACUUCAGUGCCAAGAUCGGAGAGCAGGAGAUUGUGGCAGAGGUGCAAGAAAGAGAAACUGCGAGGGAUCAGUAUGAUGACGCUGUGAGUUCGGGUCAGCAGGCGUUUCUGUUGGAAGAGAGCGAAGAGAGUCCUGAUGUGUUCAGACUGAGUGUCGGGUGUCUGUCGCCGGGUCAGAACGCUGCCGUCACCAUCAUCUACGUCACCGAGCUCGCUGUGCAGGCCGACCACUCGCUGCGCUUCUGUCUGCCGGCUGUACUCAACCCCCGAUACACACCAGCAGGUUCAGCUGCUGGUAUAGUCUCAGAGAUUUCAUCAGGAUGUGGAUCUGUUCCCUACACGCUGACUCUCAGUGUCCAUGUGAGCUCUCCAAAGCCCAUCUCCAAACUAGAGUCCAGCUGCACUCUGGAUCCUCUAGUGUUCCUCCACUCUGAUCACACUCAGGCGACGGUGAAUCUGAGUCCUGGUCACAUGUUUGAUAAGGACGUUGAGCUGUUUGUGUACUAUCAGGAUACCCAUCAGCCCUCUGCUAUAGUGGAGGCAGGAGUGACCACUGCCCCAUCAGGCUCUCUGAUGAGGGACCCAGUGGUCAUGAUAAGUUUGUACCCAGAGUUCCCAGAGGAAGUGAUGUCACUGGCAACACAAGGAGAGUUUGUUUUUGUGAUUGACAGAUCAGGCAGUAUGGACGAAAUGAUGCAUCAUGGGAAAAGAGCACAGACACGCAUAGAAAGCGCAAAGGACACUCUGCUGUUACUGUUGAAGAGUCUGCCCAUGGGAUGCUACUUCAAUAUCUAUGGAUUUGGCUCUUAUUUUGAGUCCUUCUUCCCUCAGAGUGUCGAAUACAAUCAGAAAACUAUGGAUCAGGCUCUGAAGACAGUGAAGAAAAUGAAAGCAGACAUGGGCGGCACAGAGAUUUUAGAGCCUCUAAAACACAUCUACAGUCAGCCCUGUUACUCCGACCACCCCAGACAGCUGUUCAUCUUCACUGAUGGAGAGGUGUGUAACACUAAAGAGGUGCUGGACCUGGUGAAACAUCAUGCUCACUCUCACAGGUGUUUCUCAUUCGGGAUUGGUGAGGGUGCAAGUACCGCCCUCAUCACAGGAAUGGCCAGGGAGGGAUCUGGUCACGCUCAGUUCAUCACAGGCACCGACCGCAUGCAGCCCAAAGUGAUGCAGUCCCUCAGGUUUGCGCUGCAGCCCGCUGUGGUUAAUAUCUCUGUGGAUUGGACCCUUCCAGAUGGCAUUACUGUUGACACACUGUCUCCACCCAUCAAUGUGCUCUUUCCGUGUCAAAGGUCACUCAUUUAUGCCCACCUUAAAGGAGAGAGUUCAGGAGGCUCUGAGGGAACAGUGACAGUCAAAUACAGUCUGAAAGAUCAACCAGUAACAAACCAGCUCCACUUCUGCCUCAAACCAACUGAGGAAACAGGGUUGGCCAUCCACCGGCUGGCGGCUCGGACCCUGAUCCGCUCUCUGGAGCAGGAGGAGAGGUCAGGUGAUGCAUAUUUUGAGAGUAGGAUAGUGGAGCUCAGUGUUCAGGCAGGAGUGAGCAGUGUUCAUACAGCCUUCAUUGCCGUUAAUAAAGACAGCAGACAGACUGUGAAAGGACCCCUGCUGCAGAGAAGAGUGCAGACAUACGAUGUGUAUCAACAACGUGCCCUAUUAGAUUUGCAACUAGGAUGUAGCCUAGUAAACGCAGUGAGAUCCCAUGAUGGCAUCGAUGAACAAUCGUUUCACUGCUCAAAAAUUCUCGCUUCUUUCAGUAAGAAGGCAAUAAAAGUGUCAGCACUUGAACAGAAGAUCGGAUUAAUGACAAAGGUCCAGAAUUUUUUCAGCCGUUUUAAGACUGCUGCCCCGACUGCUCAAAAAGAGUCGCAAGUCAAACAUUAUGCCGCUCCUGACCCCCAGGAUGACCUGUUACUCCAGCUGGUUUCUCUCCAGAAGGCGUCAGGCUGCUGGGAUCUGGACGCCACACUGGCUGAUGUGUUUGGGAAGACGGAGGAUGAGCUGACCAAUCAGAAACCAGCACAGGUGGAUGGGUCAGUAUGGGCCACUCUCCUGGCUCUGAUCUGGUUAUACGGCUGUAAAAUAGAGCAGCAGGUCGAGUGGCAGUUUGUGGCCAUGAAGGCAGCGUCAUGGAUCGGCUCUCAGAAAGUGGGCGAUCUGUCUCAGUGUGUGUGUGUGGGUAAUGUCCUGCUCGGAUGUCAUGUGACCAAAGAGACUCUGGGAAUCUGAAGACGUCAGUGUUUCCACAUCAUGUGCUUUAAUACAAACACUGUUAACAACUCAACAGCAUGGGUUCAUCACUGUAAUAGCUUUAAAUGUUUAUAAGAUUUAUAGCAUGAAAUUCAAACAAAAUGCAGCAAAAUCAACCAAAAUGCUUUAAAAAUGAUCCUUAAUGGAAAAUAGCACUAACUGCACUUUAUGCAUUUGUAAUCAUCUUUGUUUUAAACAAACAUCCAGUUAUUUAUCAUUGUGCAUUUAUAUGUGACUUUACUCCUGUACUUACCUGUUUUGUCCACUAAAUUAAACAUUAUAUAUAUAGGCUAUAUAUCUUGGGUGUUUCCUCCAAGGAGGCAAGGGAGGCAGUGCCUCCUCAAAAAAAUAAGAUAAUAAGAAAAUUAGAUUUAUAAAGACUACAAGUG